AUGUCGUCUGAUAAUGUUGUUGUCCACGAUCAGACAUCAGGAAUCAGAGAUGAACUCAUUACACUACUGGAACGAGUUGUUGCUCUGAUUGCUUCCCACACAAUCCUUGAUCUCCAGGAAACGCCAAAGUUCCGCAUAAUUAUUCGUCAACUUUGCGAGACAGCCCCCGAUGUCGCACAAGCCAUUGUGGGAACAAUCCAAGGGAGUAACAAACUCGGCUCACCCGCAAGGGCGGCUGAUACGAAGGCUGUCCCUUCGAAACGAAAGCCAGACCUAGAUCCCUCCUAUCGUCCAUCGAAGUCUACCAAGAUCAACAGUUCCUCGUGCCAUGCGGAAUCCAUCCUCGAUGUUGACCGCCGCGAGGUAGGAGGGCACGCUGCGGAAGUCGAUAAAGCUUGCCGUACAGUGACCACGGCGAGCGAGAAUAUUAAAUUGGACGCGGAGGUACUGAAGAGGACUCCAGAAUCAAGUGAAUCCGGAAACCCCAUGCCGGACCUUUUGACCGAAUUGAUACCGCCUGCCGAAAAGACCCCAGCUGCAAGCCAGAUUGAAGAUAGAUCCUCGCCUCAAACUGAGGAGAUUCACCGAGAAAAAGUGCCAGCGUUAGCUGAGAGCCCCGAUUUAUCCCGCUCAUCUAUACCAAAAUCUUCCAUUAUGGAAGCCCCACCGGUCCAGAAGUUGAUUGCCGAGGCUGCCCGGACCCUCUACCAACUCAGCCAACACCAGGAUGGCGUCCCAAAGGAUGUGCACAGGAGAAUCCUCCAGUCAUUGCAAGGCAGCCAACCGGAGGCACUUGCCGCGUCUACUAGUAAUGCAUGGUCCGAUGGGUCGAUAUGGGUACGCGUACUUGAGAUGGGAUCCUCCCGGCAACGCCAAGUUACUAUUUUUAACAUGCUGGAGUAUAUGGGAGCCUGGGAAUGGUAUGAUGGUCAAGUGCGACGAGCCCAAGGGAAGAUCUUGACCAAGAAGGGUAAGCAGGUGGACCGUCGAGGGGCGACGAUGCAUGUGUUGGAUGAGAUGCAAAAUACUCCAACGAACGUGGAUGGCGAAGGAAGGUGGAUCAGUGGGCUUGGAAUGGUUGCAUUGAACCAAGUCGAACCAAGCCAAGAGUUAACGGGUAGUCCUAUCAGCGUCACUAAGAGUGACAGACGCCAGCAGAGGAGACAUUUCAGCGUGCAACUUAGCAGAGGCCAGAAAUUGAGUACGAAGCUGGUCAAGAAUCUAGGAUUUGGGAUACUGUUUAGUCGAAAAAUAUGGGAAUACACUAAGAUGAGCAUGAAUCAACUGGAUGAUCUGAUUCAGUCUGUCCAAGCAGAUCCCCAGCAUAUAAAGCUCCUCCAGAUCCUUGGCCCACAGCUUGAGCGGCUUGUGAACAUCGGUUCGCCGGAUUUUCGAGUUUUUCUUACUAGUCUAAAGGAAGCGGGCUUGAUUUUAGAAGAUGAGGCCCGAGAAUUGCAAGUUACCUUUCCCUUAGAGGAUGAAGCCCUACCCCCUGGCAAACUGGAUGCUGCUGUUGAUCACUUGGUUGAACGAGUCAAGACCAAAGUGUUGGACCAGACCGCACUCAGUCCUAAUGACACGUUGGCGGUGAAUGGAAGCAUGGAGUUAGAAAAUACGAUACUUCAACACCUUCGUCCAGGCCAACGGCUCGACGCCUGGACGAUCUUCGCGGCCAUGCAGAUAUUUGACCGGCCAGCAUUUGUUCGACACGACAAAAGCAUUCCACUAGAUGAGAUCAUUGAGAUUGAACCAGUGAAGCGAACCCGACCAUUUAGACGGCCGCUGGCCGAGUGGGCUAAGAAGAUUUCGAAGUACCGACGACUGGCUAAGGAUACCUUUGGAGAUCCUGUUCCAUUGGUGUACUUUUGCCCUAUCAACCACACAGACAGCCACUACACGCUACUGGAAAUCAAUGAACGGGAACAGGCGAUUCGUCAUUAUGACUCACUACCUGAUAGAGACGGUAUUGGCCAGACCCGGAUAUCAAGACUAGUGCAAGAGGAAUUUGGUCGCCUAAGGUUUUCUUACCAAGAAGCCCCUACUCCACAACAGAGCGAUGCUUGGAGUUGUGGUAUCAGAGUUAUUUGGAAUUUCCGAUGCUUGUCAAAUGGUCUGCCUAUUGGUGGGUGGAAUACACUGCUGGACCCGGAACCCAUGACGCAGGAAAUCAUUAAGGGCCUCGUCACUUGUGUUGAGGAUAAUGCCAUGGAGAGAUACAGACGUCGAUAG